UCCAGCUGGGCUUCCUCUCCCUGUUUUCCUUGAAGCCUGGCGUGAGGCCUGGACAUUGAUCUGCGCACGAAUGCCUAGGAGGGGGGGAGGGGGAAGCAGGAAAGGAGGAGGGAAGAUGGGAACGAAGGGAACGGCGAGGACGACGAGGGAGGCUUGGCGCAGAUCUUACAAAAAAAUCGCUGGAGACUGCGGCGGGUCGCAUUGCUUUCAAACGGCAAACUUCAAAGGGCAGACGCCGCGCAGCUCAGCCUAGGUGCUGACCGAUGGCAACGGCCGAUGUCGGGCACGCGCGCCUCGUUACAAACGGACGGCGUACGCAGCGCCACCCACGGCUGCUCCCGUUCGAAGAGGGGCUGAGCUGCUGCAGGCCUUCGGCCGCCCUCGUGCUGUUCGCCUCCAUCUCGGCCCUCCCGUAAAAAAGGUUCCUCGCCCGGCCCCGCUCCCGGCGCUGCCGGCGGGCACGAGCAAAACUGAAACUCUACGCGCGCGACGCGCUCCCGGCGGAGGAGUGGAGGAGCAGCGCUGGCUGGCGGAUCCCCGCCGGCCGUGUCGAGGCAAUGCUGACAAGGGCAGGCGUGCAGCCAUGGCCAGAGCGACCGGCAGACUAACGGUAGAGGCACGCCUUCCUUAAAAUGCCCGCUGCCGGGCUAAGGAGCACAUCGUCAUCGCUACCCGCCAUCGUCCCCUGCAGGUGGCAAGUGAUGUGCACGCCUGCAGCUCGCACGGGCUAUUGCAGCUGCUGCUUGCCCCCCUCUCCGAGCGGCCACGACUGCAAAUAGCGGAUGGUCGCGGAGGAGGGGGAGGAGGAGAAGGAGGAGGAGGAGGAGGAGGGCAUCGCGGGGGCAGCAAGGCGCGGAGGCCGAGGGUGCGUGCCGAGAACAAGGCAUGGGGAGACCGGAAGGGCAAUCCUUGCCAGCAGACGGGACUUCAAGGACAGAGGCUGGCCGGUGGAGGUGCGCCCGCAAACUCGCCCAGCAUGGGUCGAGAAACCCCGCAGCAACUUGCCGGAACGUGCGGCGUGUCUCGAAACACCCUUCUGCUGGGCGGGGUCGGGAGCGAGGGCUGGGAUGGGAGCGAGGGCACAUGCCCUUGUCCCUUAGGAGGGCGCUCCCGAAACCAAGAGAAGCUCAGGUGCGUACGGCGCAACGUCCGCUG